AUGUCUAACGAACAAAACCAAGAAUUAAAUCCUGUAGUACGUGGCGGUUCACCCUCGCACAGAAAUCAUACUUCUAUUAAUAUUAAUAAAAAAAAAGACUGGACUAUUGGAUUAAUAAUGUUAAGCAUCGUUGUAUUUUCUUGGGUAACUUCUUCCUUCCUAAUAAGUUUAAUAUUUGAAGAUGAUUCAUAUAGAAAGCCAUUUUUCAUUACAUAUUUAAACACCUCAAGUUUUACCUUAUAUUUGUUACCUACUUUGAAAAACAUUGUUUUAAAUUAUUACAAGUUCGGUAGUUUUCAAAUAAUGGAAGAAUUAAGACAUGAAGAAGAAGAAGAAGAAGGAAAUAAUGACAACGAUGAUGAGGACAGAUUUGGAGGUUAUAGAAGGUCAAGAUAUACAGAAGAUGAAGACAACGUAUUAUUAGAUAUUGAAAGUGAAAUAACAAUAGUUACUGAUAACAACCAUCAAAGCAACAGUAUUCUUAGCGGAACAAAAAGCUCCAAUUACAAACCCUUGAGUUUAAAUGAAACGAUUAAACUAGCGGCUCAAUUUUGUAUAUUAUGGUUUCUAGCCAAUUUAGCCAAUAAUGCAAGUUUGAGCUAUACAUCAGUGACAUCGCAAACCAUAUUGUCGUCUACCUCAUCUUUUUUCACUUUAUUAAUAGGUUAUUUGUAUCAUGUGGAAAAAUUCAGUCACGUUAAAGUCUGGGCCUCAGUUGUUUCCUUUCUGGGCAUUGUACUACUAACUAGAUCGGAUAUAGUUGCAACCACCAAUAGUAUCAGCGAUAAGAAUGCUCUGAUUAUUAUUUUGUAUGGGAAUAUAUUGGCCUUAGUGAGUGCUGUGCUCUACGGGUUGUACACCACUUUAUUGAAGUUAAAGAUUAAGCAUGAAAAUAGAAUAAAUAUGAAGAUUUUUUUGGGCUUUGUUGGUGUUUUCACUUUAAUUUUCCUUUGGCCAUCAUUGAUUAUUUUUAAUUAUUUAAAUAUUGAAAAAUUUGAGUUUCCAACUGGCCAAAAAGUAUUACUUAUUAUUUUAGUCAACGGAAUUAUAACAUUUAUUGGUGAUUAUUGUUGGGCCAAAGCAAUGUUAUUAACUAGUCCAUUAACAGUUACUGUGGGAAUCUCUACAACAAUACCUUUUGCUAUGUUUGGUGAUAUUGUUAUUUUCCAUACCAAAUCUUUAUCUUUAGUCUAUCUAUUGGGUGCUAUAUUAAUUGGUGGCAGUUUUUUUAUACUUAAUAAAGAAGAAUCAGAAGAACAUACUACUAGUAAUGAUAUAUAA